AUGACCUUUGAGAUGGUCUUGCCUAUUUUUGGUGUUUCAUGGUUGUCUGCCGUAAUUCUUGUCGUUUAUUACAUUUUACUAUUCUUAAUUAUCUGGUCGUAUCUCCGAUCCGCCUUUGCCGAUCCUGGCGUCGUAGACACCGAGCUUUUGAAAAGGAUCGAGGAGAAUGAUAAAGACAGUCCGAUGUAUAGACACUGCUCGUACUUUUUUGAUGCUUUCGUGAAGGUUAGGAAAUGUAAAACCAUUAAGCCCUAUCGAGCGCAUCACUGUCGCCGCUGUCAACGUUGCAUUCUCAAGAUGGACCAUCACUGCCCUUGGAUCAGUAGUUGUGUCGGUGCGCGCAAUCAAAAAUCUUUUAUGCUUUUCCUCCUUUAUGUGAUCCUGGGUGAAGCCCUCGCGUUAAUAAUGACCGUAAACUACUUCAUCUUCUACAUCAACAAGUACCGUCGCUACGUCCACUGGAUCCCAUUCCACUACUUAUUCCCUCAGCUGGUCCGAUGGAAGCGCCUCCACCGCUUCCUGCAGAUCAGCCAUCUGCAGUUCCCUAUUUUCGAGGACGAAUAUUUCCCUCAAGUGAUCGUUUUCAUUCAGGGCCUGUUCUCCUCGUUGUUCGCAGUGUUCUGCGUCAUACUCUUAUGGGAUCAAAUCAAAAACAUUUGGUAUGAUUAUACGUUCAUCGAGGAGUCGCAGGCGCGGAUUGAUGGGUUGGAAAACACUCACACGUUUUAUGAGUCGUGGAAAGAGACAAUGGGAGAGCCCUUCUGUUUUAAUUGGUUUCUGCCUAUAGAGGGCGAGAACAUGAACAAGAUCAUUUCCGACCUGUGCCAUCAAAUGCUUCUGGAUAACUUCCACGAGAAACGGGAAUAG